CUGCCGCCGCGCGCCCCGCGGGAGAUGGAACAGCGGAACCGGCUCGGCGCCCUCGGAUACCUGCCGCCUCUGCUGCUGCACGCCCUGCUGCUCUUCGUGGCCGACGCUACAUUCACCGAAGUCCCCAAAGAUGUGACAGUACGGGAGGGAGACGACAUCGAGAUGCCCUGCGCUUUCCGGGCCAGCGGAGCCACCUCGUAUUCGCUGGAAAUUCAGUGGUGGUACCUCAAGGAGCCGCCCCGGGAGCUGCUGCACGAGCUGGCGCUCAGCGUGCCCGGCGCCCGGAGCAAGGUAACAAAUAAGGAUGCAACUAAAAUCAGCACCGUGCGCGUCCAGGGCAAUGACAUCUCGCACCGGCUUCGGCUGUCAGCCGUGCGGCUGCAGGACGAAGGAGUAUACGAGUGCCGCGUGUCGGACUACAGUGACGACGACACUCAGGAACACAAGGCCCAGGCGCUGCUGCGCGUGCUCUCACGCUUCGCCCCGCCGAACAUGCAGGCCGCCGAGGCCGUGUCCCACAUCCAGAGCAGCGGCCCGCGUCGCCACGGUUCCGCCAACGCCGCCAACGCUAACAACGCGGGCGCCGCCGACCGCACCACCUCCGAACCCGGCCGCGGCGACUCAUUUAGUAAGCUGGACAGGAUUCUUGUGAAUCGGGUAUUAAUCAAGCCUGUUUUCUUGUCCCCUACAGGCACUGGCCCUAGCUAUGCCGCAGACCCGCUCCUGUCCCUGCUCCUGUUAGCUCUGCAUAAAUUCCUGCGCCUGCUGGUGGGGCACUGACAGACCGAGCAGCUUAGAGGACACACAAAACCUGCCCGGACACUCGGUGAGGACCACGUCACCAGAUGGACACACAGAGACUGAGAGAAGCAUGAAAAAACCUACGUGGAAAAUAAAUAAAUCAUAUUUUUGAGGAAGUUACACAAAUGUAGAACACCUAAAAUAAUGCAUCUAGUUUCCAAAUAAGAUGGAGUUUGGACCAUGCAGUAUGCAUGGGACCAAUGAUUUCUCUACUUCAAUGUAUUUUUCUUUUUUACGCUUUUCCUCCAAGUCUUUAUUUUGCACGAACUGUUGAGCAAUUAUCUUUAGGAUAAUAGGUUAAAAUGUUGGGUCAAAGCCUUUCUGACAAAGCAAAAUAUUUUUAGUAGAUUAUUGUGUUUAGGAUUUUUUUAAUUUACUUUUUUUGUUUGGGGGCUUUUCUUUUUUUAUUAAAUUAUUUCUUUUGAGACAUUUUGAUUAAAAAAGACACAUCUUAUCAUAAUUAAAAUUCACUGUCAAUAAUAUUUAUUUUUAAAUAAAGAUUGGAAACAAGGUCAGACACUUGUUUAUAAACUGUAUUGUACAUUGCUGAAUAACAGUUGAAUAAAAAAUGACUUUGAAAUAAA